AUGGGGCUGAGUGACGAAAACAUGUACUGUAGAACAGAGAGCAAUUUUGAGGAUCUGUUUGAGAGCCCAAAUAAGACAGGAACAUUUAACCCUCUUGAUAUAAUCACUGCUCUCUUCCUGUGUUCGGAUGGGUUUGUUCAUCAAGAACUGGCUCUAAAAAUGUCCAUGUGUCAGUUCUCUGUUCCUCUGCUGCUUCCUAACUGUGAUACACAGCAGUGCACCCUSAUGCUGUGGGCCAUGAGAGACAUUGUUAAGAAGUACAGACCUYCARRUCUUUCAGARUCAAAAGGSUUCAUAGAAGAAAGAAUAGUUCUUUCUGAACUUCCAAUGAUCUCAUUUGUGAGACUGGGUGAGUGCUCUCUGUCCAAAUCAGAGAUCCUCAAUAAACUUCUGAGUAACUCUGAGCAAUACCAUGACACCUUUGUUCACCGUGACAUGGAGUGUGGAGACGUUCAAAGAAGAGUAUCCAAUGGACUGACUGAAAUGACCUGGUACCUUCCCUGUGGAAACAGAAACAUGGACAUCUUCAGUGAACCAGUUGCUAUAGCUAACCUUCGUGGAGACAUUGCUUCAUUUGAGACUCAAUUCUCCUUUUUGUGUCAGACAUCUGCUGCAUCUGCUGCAGUUUUUGUUUUCUUUGAUCAGUUGGACUCCGAGUUCAACUUACUGAUGAACAAAAACCACAAAACUCAAAUCUUCUUGGUGGGAAACCAACAGAUUCUUGGAGUUCAGAGCACAGGGAAGUCCACUCUCCUUAACACCAUGUUUGGAGUCCAGUUUGCAGUCAGCAGUGGUCGAUGCACUAGAGGUGCCUUCAUGCUGCUCAUCAAAGUCAAUGAAGACUUCAAGAAAGUUCUCAACUGUGACUUCAUGGUGAUCAUCGACACUGAAGGCCUAAAGUCACCAGAGCUAGCACAGCUGGACAACAGCCAUGAGCAUGACAAUGAGCUGGCAACACUUGUUGUUGGUCUGAGUGACAUCACCAUUAUCAAUAUUGCAAUGGAGAAUUCAACAGAGAUGAAAGACAUCCUGCAGAUAGUGGUGCAUGCUUUCCUCAGGAUGAAGGAGGUCGGCAAAAAGCCUCAAUGUCAGUUUGUUCACCAGAACGUUUCUGAUGUUUCAGCCCAUGAGAAGAACCUGAGAGACAGGAAGCUGCUGUUAGAACAGCUGGAUGAGAUGACCCAGGCAGCAGCUAGAAUGGAGAAGAAAGAGAAGAACAAGAGCUUCACUGAUGUAAUGGAGUAUAAUCCAGACACAGGGAACUGGUACAUUCCUGGACUCUGGAAUGGAAACCCACCAAUGGCUCCAGUCAAUGCAGGAUACAGUGAGGCUGUCUAUGAACUCAAGAAAAACAUCAUCCAACAGCUGGGAAAGUGUGGGUCAACUUCUAAUAMCAUMUUGGAGUUCAGAGAGUGGAURACCAGCCUGUGGAACGCAGURAAACAUGAAAACUUCAUCUUCAGCUUCAGAAACAGCCUGGUGGCUGAUGCUUACAUGAGGCUCUGCACAGAGUACAACAAAUGGGAGUGGGAGUUCAAAAAGGAAAUGUAUAGUUGGGUUACCAAAGCAGAGACAAGAAUUUCUAAUUUUGCUGCAACAUCUGAAAUGUUUAACAUGAAUGAAUUCAUCACUGAGUGGAAAAGUGAAGCAACCACAGAGCUGAUCAAGUGGGAAACAACGAUCCUUGACAAUCUGAAGAAGUACUUUCAGCAGUUUGAAGUUGCUCAGCGCUACUCCAUAUCUAGCCGCUAG